AUGGAACAAAAAAUUAAAUUACUCUUUUUUAUUAAAAUUAUUACGUUUAUUUAUUUAACUCGGUUGUGUCUUUUUUAUAAUGAUACAAAUAAUUUAAACAAGUUUUUGGGUGCAAUAGAAAAUUUUGAUAGAAUAUUAUAUGUUAGAAAUUAUCGAUUACUAGGACACAAUGGAAAGGAAAUAUUUUUUAAAAUUGGAGUGUCAAAGGAAGAGAUACCAUAUUGUAUUAAGAAAACGAAUGAAAAAAGUAACAAAAAUAAAAUUUCAUAUUUAUGUAAAAGUUCAUUAACUAAUAAUGGAUGGUCGAAGAAACCUAUGAAAUAUAAUAAAAAGAUAUUUAAUACAACGCAUUCCCAUAUAGAAAAGAAUUUUUUGAAUGCACUUGAUAAAAUGUGUUUUUUGAAAAAGAUCAGAAUAAAUAAUGAUGAGACUUACAGAAAAUUAAAAAAUAAAAAAUACAGAUUACGACUUAGUUUCCUUUUAUUAGUUUUUUUGUUUGUAUUAAUGAUACCUGUACUAGAUUCAUCAUUAACAUAUUGGGGACCCAAAAAUGGGUUAUUGGGGGCAAUGGGAUUAUUAUCAACGCGUACUCCUAUAUCAGGUUCGUGUUUAACUGGCGGUGAUAUUAAAGUAAGUGGGCUUAUAGCAACAUGGUUUCAACUAAGUGCUAAGAGUUUUAUUGCAAUAGAAACGACAUUGAGUAUUCUUUUAUAUUGUGUGCCUUUCUUGAUAUUAGCUAUAAUAAUUUUAUUAGUGGUUGUUUAUUACUAUAAAAAUUCUAUAAAAAAUCAAAAAAUUAAGUUUAAAGAAACGUUCUAUGAAUAA